GGUUAACUCAAGCUAGAGAGUCGAGCCUCACAUCACAUGUAUAUCUGCUAUUGUUCGAAUUAGAACAUAUCUUACUCAAAUAAUUCACAUUUUUUCCGACCAACGAUGGACAUGGUGAUGAAGUUAGGGACUGAGAAUCCAGUGGUGAUAUUCAGCAAAACCAAUUGCCGCAUAUCCCAUGCGAUAAGUACACUUAUCCGUGGAUUUGGGGCGAACCCUGUGAUCCAUGAGCUCGAUGAGCUCCCAAAUGGACAUGAGAUCGAGAAGGCAUUGAUGGCAUUAGGGUGCAACCCUAGCGUCCCGGCCGUGUUCAUAGGGAAGGAAUUCGUCGGUGGUUCGAAUGAGAUCAUGAGCCUCAAUAUAAGGGGCAAGCUCAAGCCACUGCUCAUGAAGGGUAAUGCUAUAUGGAUAUAGAGAAAUUAAGGUUAAGUUCUUAAUUUGCUAUGUGCCAUGGUUUUUUUAUGGCCUAUAGUUAGUUUUAUUAUGUAGCAUACUUUAAUAUAGUUCCUGAGGACAUUUUUGUCAUAUUAGAGAGUAAAAGCAAGAGGGCUUCUUCUUCAAUAUUCUGUAAUUCUUUCUCUUUUAGCUUAUGAUCUAUAUAUGCAAGUGGUAGU